AUCACCGAAUGUCAUGUGACUAACAACACACCAAGAUGGCGAACAAGGAAGGAAAGUUAACUUCAAAAUAUUUUCUUUUCUCUUUUCUAACAAUUGUGACUGUUUGCAGUAUUGUUGAAGGAAAUAUAAGACAACUAUCAUUCCAUACGUCCAAAUCUGUCGUUCAAUUCAAUGCAAAUGAUCUGCCAGUGUUCGUAGAACAGAAAAUCGAAAAUGAUCACAAACUAUACAAAAGAGAACUGACCGAAGAUCAAGAUCCAGUCUGUCUAGCACAAAAUUCAAAAUUUGUGAAGAGUUUGGAAGGGAAAACAAUAACCAGAAAUCUAACAUUUACAAAUGAGACAAAACCAGCCAUGGCACUUGCAUGGGCAGGAGAAAAUGAUGGGGUACUGAUUAUUGUGACAACUGAUUCAAUUCUGGGAACCACAACAGAAUCAUCAGUGUUCAGAAGUGAAGACUAUGGUGUAACCUUAACAAAUUUGACAGAUAAACUAGGUUUAAAACCAGGGAAAUAUGUUAUAAAGAAACAUAAUGGUGUACAAAGACACCCUUAUAAUUCUAAGAAGAUAUAUCUCAUUGGGGAAGGGAAUUACAUGUAUACAUCUAUUGAUGGUGGGCUAAAUUUUGCCCAGAAUACCCUAUCAUUUCCCUUUGAUGGAGAAUUAGUGUUUAACCCCUUUAAUGAGGACUAUUUGAUUGCUCUGAAUGCCAAGAAGAACAUGUUUAUAUCUAAAAAUAAUGGUAAUAGUUGGCAACAACUAGAAAUAAAAGAUAAGGCGACACAUGUGGAGCAAGCUGUUGACAAGGUGAUCUGGGGUGUUAAAUUGGAUGAAGAUGUAGAUGGUGGAUCCAACCCGGAUACCAAUGAAACAAUCUACUUUACAUAUGGAGCUCAACCAAUGGCUGACUCUUUUUUAAAGCAAUUUAUUGACUUCAGUUUCACAACAGAUUAUACUCUGGCUAAGUCAACAGAUGGUGGCGCUACCUAUAUUGAUAUUCUAAGGAAUGUUGUUUCAUUCGACCGUCAGGGGAAAUUUCUUUAUGCCUCUCAAAUAAAAAGCAAAACAGAUGCUUAUGGCUGGAGACAUCUACUGAUAUCUACUGAUGGUGGGACAGUUUUCAAGGAAGUCCAGUUACCAACUAUAGAGCCUGACAGAUUUUUCAGUGUGAUGGAUAUAGAAGAAAAUAUGAUUUUUAUGCAUGUUGAUAAUAAAGAAGAUACCGGGCAUGGUACACUUUACACAUCAGCCAACCAAGGUAUUGUUUACUCUAUAUCACUUACAAGGCAUCUGUUUCCGAACUAUGGGGAGAUCCAUGACUUCUACAAGGUGAAGUCAAUGCGUGGCGUGUAUAUCACAAGUCAGAUGAGCGAUGAUGAUUCUAUACAUACAAUGAUUACAUAUGAUCAAGGUGGUAAAUGGCAAAAAAUUCCUCGUCCAGUUGGUGUACCAUGUAAAGAUGAAUCUAAGGGCUGUUACCUUCAGAUUCAUGGCAUGUACAGUUUAAAGCGUGGUAUCAAUGCUAACUUACCUAUCAGUGAAAAAACUGCUACAGGACUUAUCCUUGUUCAUGCUCAUGUGGCAGAAUCACUUCAGAAGACAGAACCAGAUGUGUUUAUAUCUAGAGAUGGGGGAUAUACGUGGAAUCUGUCAUUACCGGGUGCACACCAUUACCAGAUAUUAGAUCAUGGAGGGUUACUUGUUGCUGUGUCUAAGUCAGAUCCCAGUCCAAAGGUUUUACGAUUUUCAUUGGAUGAAGGUCGUUGCUGGCAUGACUAUAAAUUUACAGAUCAAGUUCUCAACUUCACAGGUUUAGUGACAGAACCAGAGGGGAAAAGUGCUGUGGUUAUGCUAUGGGGAUAUGUGCAGGAAACAAAGAAAUGGGUUGUAAAUGUGGUUGAUUUUGAGAAAGUCAUUGACAGAAAAUGUGAAGAUAAUGAUUAUGAACCGUGGAAGGCUCACUCUGCCUUGAGAGUUAAAGGGAUACCUGAAGAUCAGGGAUGCCUGCUUGGUAUAAAAGAGACUUUCCUUCGGUUAAAGAAAGAUUCAUGGUGUUUGAAUGGUUAUAUCCAUGAACAGAAAAGUAAGAGAGAAUUUUGUACAUGCACAAGAGAAGAUUAUGAAUGUGACUACGGCUACUUUAGACCAGGUAGCUCUGACAACUGUGUUAAAGAACCAGAUUUCCAAGGACCUGAGAUUGAUAUAUGCAUGCAUGGGCAUGAUGAAAAACUUGUGUCAGAAGGGUACAGGAAAAUACCUGGUGAUAAGUGUAAGAAUGGUUUCAAGCCAACAUCUAAGAUUAUUGACCUGAAUAAAGUUUGUGAUGAGUAUGGAAAUAGCAUUGUACAAUUUGAUGAACAACAAGAACAAGUGGCUAGUCAAAAUGGAUUUGGUCGUGGCAUAAAGAUUCUAGCCAUUAUAAUAGUGUCUGCAGUGUUGUUGCUAGCAGCAACCAUGGGGGUAUACUUUGUCAGAAAAUUCAUUCUUCUUAGAAGACAUAAAACAGAGUACAGAUAUUCACUGCUGAACCAAGGAGAACAACAGAACCUGAUGGAUGAUGAUGAUGAAGAGGAGGAAAAUAAAGCUGUGUCAUCUACUGUCAGAUAUGAAGAUUCCGAUGAUGAGGAGUUGAAUACAACAGUGCGCCCAGCUAAACAAAAUGGUGUAGUGAAAAAGACGUCUAAACCAAAGGACACCAAUCCAUUUGGAUCUUACCAUGAUGACUCUGAUGAUGAUAUGCUGAGUUAAUGUUGAUAAAAGAUGGUGUUUUUUGUAAAGAGACUUCAUUACAUUACCAGACGUUACACUGUAUAUACAUGUAUAUACUAAAUGUAACUGAACAGAAAUCCUACUAUAAGAGAUGAACAGACAUAGACACUGUGAUACACUCUAACAUUCAACUUCAAAUCUACACCGUAUUCUCAUAUUAUAAUAUGAUCUAGGGAUCUGACUUCAUCUUACUAUUAUUACCGUGUCACGACAAAACCAACAUAAUGUGUUUGCAACCAGCAUGGAUCCAGACCAGCCUGCACAUCUGCGCAGUCUUAUCAGGAUCCAUGCUGUUCACUAUCAGUUUCUCUACUUGUAAUAGAGUUGGUAAGCGAACAGUAUGGAUCCUGAUCAGACUGGGCGGAUGUGCAGGCUGGUCUGGAUCCAUGCUGGUCGCAAACACAUGUUGGUUGUGUCAUGGUGUGGCUCAAAUUUAAUUUUGUAGAUGAUAUGUACAUCAUUCAUUCAGUCACUGUAGGGGGAAGGCAUCAUUCAGUAUAUACACAUAUUAUCAACUGUAUGUUUUUUUCUCCUUUAAAAUUAUUGCUAUAAAAUAAGAUCUGUAAAGAAUACUAUGAAUUGAUUACAUCAACAUGUUAUAAUAUUAUAUUACAUUAAAAUUGCUAAUACUUUGACCUUAACUAUAUAUUUCUUGAAAAAAUAUGUUCCUGUUUAUUUAGCAUUAUUUUCCCUAAAUUAAAAAUUCAAUCUGAUUUUUUUUCAUGGCAACAUGUUGAGUUAGAUUAAACUUAAAAUGGCAUAGUAUUUAAAUGUUUUAACAACAUUUUGCUUUGUUUUGUCAAAUCUGCAAUUUUUGCAAAAAUGUUGAACAUUUUAUGUUAUAUAUAACAUGUACUUGAGUUGUAGAAAACAUUGACAUUUGGUUCUUAUGCUUUCAUAGCUUUUUUGUUUGUUGCUUUUUUGGUUUCAUUUUUAUUUUACACUAACAACAUAUCAUUAUGUACAUGUAUGUUUCCUGAAUAUUUAUUUGGAAUUUUGUUAUGUAUAUAAAUUUAUUAAUAAUACACCACAUUAUGAUACUUUACUUGUCUGCAAGUGUUAUUUAAGUACUUAUUUAUUCUGAUAAAACUGUUCUGAUCUGCAGUCAGUGGGGAUAAAGACAGGUGUUUUAAAGACAAUAUAAUAUAAUAAUGAGGGAAGUUGUAUUAUUAUAUAUUAGCUACACCUAUAAUGGAUUAAAUAAAACAGAAGUAGACUGUCAACUUAGGGCAAAAAAUGUAGUAUUGACUAGAAAACUUUAUCAUAUAAGUUCAAGCUGAGAUGUGUAUAAAUUUUAGCAUAAUAUUACAACUGUAAUGUGUAACUCACAUCACCAAAGAUAACCAGCUUUAGGUAAACUUUAUUCCUUUAUUUUUCUUAUGAGAUGAUACAAAAUUGUAAGGAAUGGUCAAAAAUAAGACGGAGUUUUCUUAUUAAAUGAUAAUUUUGUUGUUUUGUAAGCAUUUACUGCUAAUUGUAUAUGAAAUAGAUAGUAUGAUGUAUUUAGUGGAAUAAAACCAGACUUACUGAAAUGCCCAAGCUAUGAACUAUAGGCUUACAAUAUUUGUGUUGGAAUUGCUGUACUGUUGAAAUUUUCUGUGUUACAGUUGUAUCAGAAUAAACUGUUUGCUGUCUUAAUUUAUCGUGUACAUGCAAUGUAUGCUUAUAUUUGCCUACAAUGUAAUUUACUAACCUACAUAUUCAAAAUGUUUAUUGUUUGUGUUGAUAUUAUUUUAAUUUCCUUAUUUUUGUGCUGUAAAUGAAACAUUCUUUUUUCUGCUGUUGCUUUAGUCUUUUUUCCCUGUGAUAUAUUGCUGCUCAUUUUGGAUUUUGGUAUAAGCAAAUUUGUUUCUUAUUCAUAUAAAUACUUUCUCUUCGGUUGGAUGUAAAGUUUUGGAUGAAAUUUUGUUAGCAAAAGCUUGACAAAGUCUCCUCUGCAGCUAAUUUCCACAGUGAAAAUCUUCAUCUAGUGUCCUUAUGUUCCAAGUAUUAAACAUUCCUUUACUACUGAAUCCAAUCAUAAACAGGCAUUUCUUACAGCAGGAUGUUAGAUUGGAUUACAUUUACAUGUAUAUUUGUCUAGAUAUUGUUUUAGUCUGAACAUUGUUUUUACAGCUAUCUUAUAGAUAUAUAUCAAUAUCAUUAACUCAUUUAAACUUUACCAUUCCCUAAAAAGGAGUUUUCUUUGUUGUAAUUGAAGUUGGUAAACAAGUGUGUAAAUGAUUGUCAAGUUGGUUAUGUGACAAUUUUAUCAUUGAAUUUCCUAUCUUCUACAAUUUCUGUCUAUUUGAUAAUCUUCUAAGACAUCUUUGUUUGGAAACAUCUUUAAUUGUUGUAUUUUGUUUAAGAUUCCCUACAGCUAUAGCUUGAUUGUAUGCUUGUAUAGAUAGAUACCUGACUUUACCUGCAUUUCAUUCAUGCUGGUUUAAGUCCCUCUGGGGUUAGCAAGUUCUAUCACACUGAGCUUAAGGUUUGUGAUUACAAAUAUCUUCAUUUGUCGGGAUAAAUCAUAUAGCUGCAGAGCUUAAAACCAGAAUAUUGUCUUCACAAAGUUUAACCUUUACUCUGUUAUUCUCACCUUUAUGACCUUGUAAAGACAUUCAUAGACAUGUUUUAUGUAUAUAGAUUAUUCAUAUAAUUAUAUUUUCUUUUUAUACAUAUAUAUAUAACUUGCACACCAUGGGUUAUUCACAUUUGAAAUGUUGUCAUUCAUGUAUUUUGUGUAUUUAGUUCUAUGCAACAAAAAAAAAAAUGUUAUUUUUUGUGUAAAAUCUUUUAACUCUAAGCCAGCUGCACUUUACCCAUGUAACCACUGGAAACCAAGAUCAGUAGAUCUGCACUUAAACUAUUCAGACUGUACAUAUUUUGAAAUUUUCCUUAAAAAAUGAUUAAUUCAAGAAGAUAUUUAGCAUUAAAAACUAAAUAGACAAACUGAGUUUUAUUUUUGGAUUAGAAAUAAUAAAGAAGAUACAUGUACAAGCUUUUUUAUUUGAUCAAUUGUUGCUAUAUAUCUUUUUGAAGUGAGAGAAAAUAAUCUUUUGCUUGGUCAACACAAGUAAACAGACUUAAAAUAUAUAAUGAUGUGAAUAAACAAACAUUUGUUUGUAUUAAAAUUUCAAGUCUUUUAAAGAUGUAUGUCUAAUUUUGAAAACAAAAACAACAAAAGCUGUAUUUUGUUUCAUUGAGAUAUUUAUGUACAUUGUGUUUAUUCAAUACACUAAUUUUAAUAAUAUUUCAGUAAUAAGGAAAAUCUAAAAAAAAAAUGUAGUCUUUUGAAAUGAUAAUGAUGAAAUGAAGUACAACAUUUUAAUAUACACAUUACUUACAGUUUAUAUACUAUACUAUACAGUCUUACUUUAAAUUAUGCUGCUAAAAGAUCUUUGAAAUUGAAAUAUUUAUAUUUUAUGUAUCAGUUGCUUUGAUGUUUUACAUAUCUAAAUUACUUUGAUUGCAAGGAAUAUUUUCUUUUCUUUGUCAUCUAAAAAGCAAUACCAGUAGAUUUAUUUGUGUUUUUUUUUCAAGUUGAGGGUGAAUUUAUUUGCUAUAAAUGUAUAAAAGUGGGGUUUAUGUUUUAUCAAGUUUCUUGAACGUUGUAAGUUAUUUUUCUGACAUGUAGGAUUAAUCAGGGUGAUGGUCCAUGUAACAAUUUUAGGUUUUUGGAGAGAUUUUCCAUGUGUUUAUGAUACAGUUCUAAAAUAUCAGUGUAGUUGCCCACCCUGUUUAAUAUUUACAUGUAUAUUAUUAUUUGUUACAUGUAAACAUAGGGUUUAAUGCUCAUUAAGUGAUGACUUAUUUUAUUUGGUUUUCUUGUUUGUUUUUUUGUUACUAUGAUUUGUUUUUAUAUUUUUUUGCCAAUUUUGUUUUGGUAUUGCUCUUUUUUGUAGAAGUGUGGUUAAAACAUAACAUUAUAUAUUUAAAGUCAAAUAUUUCUGUUAACAGCUCAUCUGGUAAAAGUGAAAAACAAGUGAGGGAAGAAAUUACAAAUUAAGUAAAUUUCCAUCGAUGAUCUUGAGAAAUGGCUAUGUCCUCUCAAUAAAAGAUUGAAAGUGAUAAUUCAGAAAUUGGAUCUGAUUAAAAUUCUUGGAAAAGGUUUUAGUAGUGAAUGAUGUCACUUACAAACAACUUACCAAGAUGAGCUAUUUAAGUAUAGGUUAAUGUUUAUUAGUAAGCAUUUACAAAAUUAAUUUGAUGAAGAUUCGACUGAUUUAAUUUUGUAAAUGCUUACCAGUGAACACUCGCCAAUUUAGUGAUUGAAAUUAUUUUUGUAAACAGUUGAUUUAUUAAACAGAUUAAUAGUUUGCAGUUUAACAUACCAAACACAGCUUUUGCUAUUUUCUAACAUUUUCUGCUAAUUGAACAAGAAUUUUAUGCAACAUUGGUUUUUGUAGCUAAAUUUAAUUUCUUCUGAAGUUUUUGAAACAGAUCAAUGUGGUUUAUCAGCAUAUUGUUAAGUGUGUUAUAUCUUGUUGGAUUAGUUGUACCAGUAAAAUACUUCAACUUUGUAACAGAUGAUCAGUAAAGAAUCUGUAUAUUUUUAUCUACAUAAGUAUGAUUGAUUCAUGUAUUUUACUGUUAAUUUUUGUCUCUUGACAAACUUGAAUCCUUAUCAGAGCGUAGUCUCUUGUACUGUUGAAGGCCUAUAUUUAGAAAUGAUAUAAAAUAAAGUUACUGUUUUACUUUUGUAACUAAGUAUAUGAAUCAAACAAAAAGUUUCUUUGUUAUUUGUAAUCUUUGAGCAGCCAUUAAUAAAAACUGUAAAACUAAA